CACCUGAAUUAUUCGACCGUGAUUAACCUCGACCAAAACCAAUCAACAAACAUGGCACGCCUCUCAGGACUCCAAAAAGAGGUCCUCGCACUCUACAGAAACUGCCUAAGAGAGAGUCGAAAGAAGCCACAAGCAACUCGCUCACAUUUUGAGAGCUUUGCCAGACAUGAGUUCUCUAGGAACUUGGCUAUCGAUAAGCGCGACUUUGCCGCUAUUGAAUUCCUCUUACGGAAAGGACGACGCCAACUUGAGGUCUACGGCUCACCAGGCAUCAAAGACAUAAAAUAGGCGGCAUCCAGCGGCUCCUGCCUCUCACUCCAAUGUUCAGUUGGAUGUAUUCGACUAAAGCAAUGUGGCAAGAUAUGUAUAAUUAUCACCCUGUAUAGUACCUUCCAAUACUUGGCCG